AUGGCGCUGGAGAAGCUUCUGGGUUUCGGGAAGCAGUUGCUGAGGGUGAAGGUGGUGGACUGUAACACAGAGGACUCCCGUCUGUCCCGAUGUCUCAACACUUUCGACCUGGUGGCCCUGGGUGUGGGCAGCACGCUGGGCGCUGGCGUCUAUGUGCUAGCUGGCGCUGUUGCACGAGAGAAUUCGGGUCCUGCGAUUGUGCUGUCUUUCCUGAUAGCAGCCUUAGCCUCAGUGCUUGCCGGUCUGUGCUAUGCUGAGUUUGGAGCCCGUGUCCCCAAGACAGGCUCAGCUUAUCUUUACUCCUACGUGACUGUAGGAGAACUCUGGGCCUUCAUCACUGGAUGGAACCUCAUCCUCUCAUAUAUCAUUGGUACCUCCAGUGUGGCCCGAGCAUGGAGCGCUACCUUCGACGAGUUAGUAGGGAAGCGCAUAGAGCAGUUCUGCAGAGAGUACAUGUCCAUGAAAGCACCAGGUAUAUUGGCCGAGUACCCGGACAUGUUUGCUGUUGUCAUCAUAAUCACCCUCACAGGUCUGCUGGCAUUUGGUGUCAAAGAGUCAGCGAUGGUGAACAAGGUUUUCACAUGCAUCAACAUCCUAGUGUUGUUGUUCAUGGUGGUCUCUGGCCUGGUUAAGGGUACUUUGAAGAACUGGCAGCUGGACCCUGAAGAGAUCCUUCACGCCAAUUAUACCAGUAACUCCAGCCUUAAUCUGACAGACAUCCUGCCAACCAAAGAGCGUUUAGGAGUGGGUGGCUUUAUGCCGUUUGGUUUCUCAGGCGUCUUGUCCGGAGCGGCUACCUGCUUCUACGCCUUUGUUGGAUUUGACUGCAUCGCCACCACAGGUGAAGAGGUGAAGAACCCCCAGCGAGCCAUCCCUAUCGGCAUCGUAUCCUCGCUGCUCAUCUGCUUUGUAGCGUACUUUGGUGUUUCUGCCGCCCUCACACUCAUGAUGCCAUACUACCUACUGGACAGCAACAGCCCUCUGCCUGUAGCUUUUAACUACGUGGGCUGGGGAGGAGCCAAAUAUGCUGUAGCUGUAGGCUCUCUGUGUGCUCUGUCUACAAGCCUGCUGGGUGCUAUGUUCCCUAUGCCCCGUGUGAUCUGGGCUAUGGCCGACGAUGGGCUGCUUUUCAAGUUCAUGUCCGAGAUCAGCCCCCGCACCAAAACCCCGCUAACUGCAACCCUCACCUCUGGCAUAGGGGCAGCUAUCAUGGCAUUUCUGUUUGACCUAAAGGACCUGGUGGACCUGAUGUCAAUAGGAACGCUGCUCGCCUACACAUUAGUGGCCGCCUGUGUCCUGGUUCUCAGGUACCAGCCCGAGCAGCCCAGUAUGGGGUAUCAGAUGGGGAACAUCCAGGAUGAGGCGGACAUGAGCGACGGCAUCAGCGUCCCCAGUAUGGGCAUCCUGCCUGGUAUGGAGGAGAGGUUCAGUUUCCAAACCCUCCUGUUUCCUGAUAACCCUGAGCCAUCCACACUGUCAGGCUUCGCUGUCAACAUCUGCGCCUCUCUCAUGGGAACGUUGAUCCUGGUGUUCAGCGUACUGGCAGUGCAGGGAGGUACUGCUGUGUGGAACGUCAUAGCCCUCAGUGUCAUCUUCAUGGUGUGUCUCCUCCUCACUUUUAUCAUCUGGAGACAGCCCGAGAGCAAGACAAAACUUUCUUUCAAGGUGCCACUGCUACCCUUCAUUCCAGUGAUCAGCAUGUUUGUAAAUGUUUAUCUGAUGAUGCAGCUGGACAGAGGCACUUGGAUACGGUUUUCUGUCUGGAUGGCUAUAGGUUUCGUGAUCUACUUCUGCUACGGCAUUCAUCACAGCAACGAGGCCAAUCUGGCGCACUCGUCUCCUGAGACGGAGAUGAACGGCUUCAAGUGCGACCAGGAUUCAGAGGACAUGUCGCCGGAGAAGGAGGCCUUCCUGCACAAUGGCAUCGAUGUCCAGGACGAGGACGAUGGAGAUUUGUAGGACGCAUUAGAACAUGCUGUGUACAUUUCAACCUCCCCUGACGCCGGUCUCGCAGAGCUCCCUUUUUGGGAAAUCGAUGAUAGAUAUCUUUGACCUAAAAUUGACAAACCUGUGACUUUCCCCCUUGACUGCUGGGUGGAAAACAGAAAACUGGCGACAACACUCACACAAAAAUAGAACAUAUUGAGCCAUAAUUGACACGUUCUAUUAUGUCACUGUUUUGUAAAAAGGCUUGUUACCCCUUUUGCUUGACCUUGGGCUUCAACUGCUUGUUAUCGCUUGGCUGUCUGGGGGGGAGGGCUCAUACUGCAGGCAUCUCAGUGUUUCAGGGAGGUUGAGUGGAGGUCUGGGUUACAUUGCUGGCAGUUGUGAUGAUGUGCACAUGUGUAACAAAUUAAUCUGGGUGCCAGAGCAUUUUUGGUCUUUCUUUCUGUGAAAACACAAAACCUUCUGUAUAUAUCUACACAAUCACGUAACACAGUCAGUAUUCAAUACAGAUUGGUACCAAUAGCUAUAUUCUCUUUAACGUGCCAACACUUGUGUAACUGGUGUUGAAAUGCUGCUCUAACAGUCCUCCGUGACAAGUGAAAGCUUGCACAAUACACUGCAACCCUGUCCGUUAGCAGAAAAGGGUGGUCGAGCUGCACAUACAGUAGAAGUUGGCCAACAGGGAGCUUAGAUCUGGCUGCAAAUUAUGAUGCAGAAACGUCAAGACACUAAACAACACACAUAUAUAUAUAUAUAUAUCCUGUUGGACAGUUCCUUCAAACCACAUGACUAGUUAUAGUUAAAUAGUUAACGGGUAAUAUAGGCUUUCUAAUUUGGGAUUUAAUUGUCUUGAUGAAUAUAUGGAAUCUUCUGUUGAGCUUCAGGUGAAGACAGUGACAGCUCCUGAAUGUCAGGUAAUGUAAUGUAACAUUAGACAAUAGUGGAUUUUCACAGUGCUGGCUGCUGUGUCGUUUUAUGUCUGUAGCUUGUAACAUCUUGCCUUUUGUUUUUGAAAAUACAAAAAUAAGAAUAUAAAAUAUAUUUGUUCUUGGGCUAUACAGUGGUGCAGUGGUUAGCACUCUUGCCUCACAGCAAGAGGGUCGCUGGUUCGACUCCGGCCUGCGGCUCUUCUGGGUGGAGUUUGCAUGUUCUCCCUGUGUCAGCGUGGGUUCUCUCCGGGUACUCUAGCUUGCUCCCACACAAAAACAUGCAUUUCAGUUUAAUUGGUGACUCUAAAUUGCCCAUAGGUGUGAAUGAGAGCGUGAUUGUCUGUCUCCAUGUAUCUGUCCUGUAAUCGUACAUUAAUUUCAAUCCAUUUUUUUGCUGUCAUUCUUCUCCCAACAGCUAGUAGUAGCUUAUAGCCGUGUUUCUCUGGAGGUGACGUAUGGUUUUCGAUCGUCGGGACGGAUUAAACACAGGAGACACAACUGUCACUGCUGUCGCUAAUUGUGCACAACAUUAGCAGCUGAUCAUAAACAAAGCAGCAUGGCUAAUUAUGCACAGCUUCUCCACUGAUCUUGAGUGAUCGUGAAUUAACCGGCAUCGCUAACUGUGCACAGAGUGUCAGGUGCUUGUUGUAAACAAACAGAGAUCGCUAAGUGAACACCUCCUGCAGCAGCAGCACAUACACACUGUACUGCUACAGAGCUAACUGUUAGCCGGCUCUGUGCUUGCAGCGGGGAGAGACUGCUCCAGGAGGAAUGUGCCGCUUCGACUCGUUCUUACUCUUCUUAACGAGCUGCCGUCCCCCGCAGUUCAUUAGGAAGAGCCGAAAAGUUGCUAAUUAUAGCAACAAAGUCGCUAAGUUGGCGACACUGCUUUCGCCGGCUUUUACAAAUGGCGUGUGUUGUUGUGGCGUCGAGUACUACGUCACAUCCUGCUUAGCGAUCUAUCCAAUCAGUAACCAGGCUUUUUUCAGGGGAGGAAAAAGACCCUGCUCUUCCACAGGGACGAAAAAAGUCCCGACAAAAGCUCGCUCCAGUCAGCUCAUAUUGAAAUUAGGGGCGUUUCGCCGAGUGAGACCUGCCUCUUUCGGGGUAUUGCCCGGUAGUGGAAACAGCCCUAAUAUAGCAGAUAUGAGGAGCGGCCAAAGAGGGCGUUUUUAAAUCCACUUCUUUUUUAAUUCUCAAACAUGUAAUCUUCAGAGCCACCUGUUGUUGACUCAGGUGGCUCUGAAGAAGUCACUCAAAGCAAUUUUUCAGACCCUCUGCAGCCACAACAAAGGCGUUAUAAGUUUUUAUGCAGUAGUUUUCCCCAAGACCUGUAAACAGUCCCUGGUGUGUAAAAGUUUAAUUCAUCAUAUAACUGCAGACCUAUUCAUCAAAACAUACAUCACAUUUCUUUUCGUUUUAACCUUAAGUGCAUUUACUGUGGUUUGGGGAGUCCUUUACAUCGAUGUAGCUGUCUAUAAGAAACAACAUUUAUAAUCAAGAUUGUGUAUAUAAGAUAUUGUUUAUAUUUUGUGCGGUAAAUUAUUUGUGAAUUGGAGAAAAGGCUUAUAUAUUGUUGCCCUGUUUGUGUCUAACAUUGUUUUCCUUAUAUUGUGUUUACAUGAUCAGUGCAACUGAAACUUUAUGCUCAGGGUUGGCAAAAUCACUGCCUUCACCUUAUUUCGUCAUGACUAAAAGUACACACUAGAAAUACGGGAUAGUGGCAUGACUAUGGCAGAAACAAGUUAUUUAGGGUCAUAGUAGCUGUAGUAGACUCAUAAUAACAAACUGAGAUCACAUUACUGUUUACAGUAUCACUUUUGUCAAGCAUGCAUAACAGACUUUUCCAAGGAUUUGGUUAUUUGUGCAUUUAAAAUAUGAACAUACUUUGUUGAAAAUGUAGUCAUACUGUAAUUCAGAAAUAUCUAUUUUUUGAUAUCUAUGAAUAUACAAACUUAUAUUUUCUGUCAAAGCACAUGUAAAUCCUAUAAUUUCAAAGAAAUCUAACCAUGCACAGUAUAACUUGACAAUUUCAACCGAUUAAUGUUUUAUUUUAAAGUCUGCUUUUGAAUAUACAAAGGGAUUUUUGUGUAUUUUAACAUCCAUCUGUGACUCUGGCCUAAUCACAACUUCUUUUUCCUUCAUGUCAUGCCAUGUCGAUACACAUAUGAAAAUAGAUGAAAAGAAGGACCUUCCUUCUUUCUCUUUUGAUGCUGUUUAGUGACUUUAGCUUCCCUGUACAUAGCGUGUGUCACAUAAUAAGGCUUUUGAUGUUUCAAAUCCAUCACCAGUUUAUGACCGGCACCUUCAUGCAUCAAUUUUUCAGACUUCUUUGCCUGCUUUUUUCUUCGUUGUUGUUGGUUUCCAGUGUGUAUAGAAUUAUGUAAAUGUUUAAAAAAAAAAAAAAAAAAAAGCACAAAAACAGCCUGUAUGUUUGGGUCACAUCAAUGGUUUCUUAUUUUGUUACGCAUCACUGGCUUUAUUAGCU